AUGUCUUUCGGACGACCGCCGUCAGUCUCUGCGGGUUUCCAAAGCGCUCCUCCGGACAGAGGAUCGUUCCCGCUAGAUCACUAUGGGGAGUGUAAGGAUUUCAUGAAAGUAUAUCUUGACUGUCUGCGAAAGAACUCCAGUAAUUCCACCCCAUGUCGCCAUCUCAAUCGAGAGUAUCUGGACUGCAGGAUGGAUCGCGGAUUGAUGGGGCGCGAUGAGUGGAGAAAUCUAGGGCUGGAUAAUUUGCAAAGUUCCCCUCCGGAAACCUCUCCAGAAGGCAGCGUCAAGAAUGCACCAAACAAUGCUCCCUCAAGUCCCUAG